AAGUAGACCAAGAAUGCUUUUUGGUGCAACAAGUACACAAAGCAAGGAUAAUCACGACACGUACAAAAAUCACUGCCCUUUUUGAAACCAGCGCGGUAUUAUAAUUGACAUCACUACUUGUUGCAUUAUUACUUAGAUCAGAUUAUGAGGGUAUCAUGAGUCAAUAGGAAUAAUUUAAGUUGUUCAACUUUUUAUACUUCUUACUGUAGACUAUAACUGUUGGUUACAGCAAUUGACCUAAUGCGGGGUUUCUAAAGUUAUAUGCGCCACUAGAUUGUUGGUUAUCUGCAAACGUGAAGGCUUAGAUGUAGAGGAUUCAGUUGGCUUGUACAAAGUCUAUUCACAUCAUAUAUAUCAGAAAGCAUUUUUUUACAUUUUGAACACUUAGGUCUGAUUUAUUUGUCUGAUUAUUCAUUUAAAGUUACUAAACUGAUAUGGAUCCCGAGAAGUUUUUAAAUUUCCAAAUGCAAAUGCGUGAAAAUAAUUUAGAAGUAGAAAAUUUCCUAAAUGAUUUUGAAGCAUGGAAGGAAACAGUUGGAUCAAAAAGCAAACAAUUAGAGAGCACAUGUCAACCGGAGUUGCCGGCUAUUCGUAAUAGUCUACUAAAAAAGCAUAAAAAGAAAGCAGUUAAACAAAGUGUUAACAAUAAAAAGGUUGAACGAAUCAAAUCAUAUGAUUAUCGUGCUUGGGAUAAAUUUAGUGCUAAGCAGGCCUUAGAUGAUGAUGAACAUAAUGAUGAUCGUGAUGUUGAUAGAAACUUCACUUCUCCUAAUGACCAAGAUUGCAGUAGUGAAACGGAUGAAGAACAAGAGGAUCAGAGAAGAAUUCAGUUAUCUAAAGAAGCUCGUGAACUAGGCAAUGUUCGUUUUAAAGAAGGUAAACUAAAUGAAGCUAUUGAGCAUUACACUAUGGCCAUACGACUUGCACCUGAAGAUUCUAUCCCAUAUAUAAAUCGUGCAUUUGCUUAUAUUAAAACAGAACGUUAUGCAUCAGCUGAAGCCGAUUGCACAGCCGCUUUAAGACUAGAUAGAACUUCUGUUAAAGCAUUUUAUCGGUAAGUACUUGCUUGGAUUAUUAUUAAUAUCUUCAACUUAAAGUAGGAUUACCGUGCUGAAAUAUAAAAUUUGUUUAACCGUUAUAUAAUAUGUAGGGUUUUAUUUCAGUUAGGUAGACAUUCAACUCAUAAUUUGGAAAUGAAGUUUAAACUGAUAUUUAUUCAUAUCAAUUAAUAGUUUGAUUAUAGCCAAUGUCAUAUUGUGUCUAAUCCUUAUUGCUAAUCGAAUUCUAUUAAUCAAGUUGUAGUGUGAUGAUAUCUAUGACUGUGAGUCCUGCGGGAGCAUCAAUUAUCUUAGGAUUCCAAAAUCAUCCUGUUGACUAGUGGUGACCGAGACGGAACCUGAGUUCGGAACUUCCUGCCAUUUUACUUCAACCACCUGCCCUCUGCAAUCUGUGUAUUACCUUUGCCCACUGAAUCAGUUGCUUUAUGCGUCAACUGUUGAUAGCUCACUUGAAGUUCGCUCAUUCCUGAACCUAACAGUCAGAACAUCAGAAAAACCAUCCAGGUACCUUGUGUUCUUCGUGUUAUUGUAUUAAUCGCUUCAAAAAGACCCCUAAUUACGUAAUAUAAAUACUAGAGUACAAAGCUCCAUAAAUAAUAAAUCUUAAUUGGUAAACAGCUGUGACAUUUGUGAUAAUAAGGUUAGUAAGAGUUAUGAUUAAUUACUAGUAGUUUAUAACCAGCAAAAGGAUGUCUCAACAGUCAGUAAGUUGAAUGAAAGCCUCCUAUUAGGAUAAUAUAAAAAUACCAUUUACUUGAUAGUUUACUAAAUACACAUAGGAAGCAUAUAAACUGAUUUCUUCAACAUUUCAUAACCUUUUUCCCUACUUCUUAAUUACUCUAUAUAUCUACUUAACCUACGUCUAAAGACUAUUGUCAGACUUUAAGCUUACUACGUUGUGUUGAAAUUUAGAAUUGAAGACAUGUAGUGAAUAGAAACAUCGAGAGUAUUUAUGAGUUUCCAAUUAUAUGCUUUUCUGAGAACUCAUAACUAACACAAAAAAUCAUGUGGUUCAUAAGAUGUUGAUUUUCGCUGAGUUAACUUUCUACUUUUUACAAUACUCACUUAAUUAGAUAUAUCGUAACGGUAACUGACAUGCUGGUUGACAUAUCCGUGUAUCUAUCAAGAAGUACAACGUUGUUACUAAACUACGUGAUCUGAUAUUGAACUAAGUAAAUUAGGCAUUAAUUUUUGCGAAUAUCAAGACUCGUGUUUUUGGCAUUCAUCAGAAAGUAUCAUCCAUGUAACAUUACUGGAUUAAAUUGUGUUAGUGUUUUAAAACUGACAUUAUAUAUAUAAUGUUAAGAUAACAACAUAGGUAACCGGAACACUGUAUCACUAAUAGAAAAUAUAGAAUUGAGUUCUGAUAUGAAUGAUGUUUUUAUUUUAUGUUCAGGUCACAUAUUUGGUUGAUCAGUAAUAACAAGCAUAAAAAUCUACAUCGACAUUUUAGUAAAGGCUGUUUACAAUACUGUGUCAUAUUAAGCUUUAUUUAGCGUAUUUAUUAUUUAUGUAUUAAAUUAUAUUUCUUAGGAGAGCACUUGCUCGAAAAGGUUUGGGUCAUAUUACUGGAGCAAUUGAAGAUUUAAAAGAAUUGCUUAGAUUCGAUUCAGAUAAUAAAACUGCCAUAAAUGAGCUCGAAGCUUUAAUUGGUAAAAAGAAAGUCGCACACAUAUCUAAUUCCACCGUGUCUUGUAGUUCAAUCCAGUCGAGUAAUCCGAGAAAAAUGAGACGAAUACCAAUCAUUGAAGUCGAUGAUGAUAAUCAUAAUAAACAAAUGUUGAGUACACCUGUGCAGAAUAGUACAAAAUCUGUGUGUACUAAUGAUGAUAGUUCCGUCUCAAAUAAUAACAAGUGUUCUAUUUUGAAUAAAGAUCAAUCAAAAAAUGAGAAUGUUUUGCAUUCGACUCCACAGACAUCAGAUCGUUUGGAAUCUCGGAAUAUAUCCUCCAGUACGUCAACGCCAAUAGUACCAACCAGUGAAACGAUUAAUCCUGGAAUUGAUCAUAAUUUUAAACGACAACUCCCAUUGUUAAAUACGAACUUACACAAACCACCAUCAAAUUGGUUUCAGUUAGAACGUGAACUACGUGAAUUAUGCCAAAGAAAUUCUUCAUCUAACUACCAGCCAAACCUUAACAAAGAAGCAAUCAUUUAUUUGUGUAAUAUUCAACCAGUUCAUUAUGUGAAGUUAUUCGGUGAAAAUAUGGAAAGUGAUUUCGUAUCACGUAUGCUGCAAGCAUUUUAUCUUUCAGAUCAAUUGACAAAUCAACACAUUGUAGAACGUUUAUUAUUUUUAUCAAAAUUGCCAAGAUUUGAUAUUGCUUGGAUGAUGGUUGAUGGAUCAGAACGUGUAAAUAUAAUUAAAUUUAUUAAAAAUUUACAGAAUGAUAAUUCACUUGAUAAAGAAUUACUUAAACAAAUUUAUGUACAGUUUGAAUGUGAAUAAAUCUCUAAUGUGGAAUAAGAGGAUAUUUUCUUACUGGACAAUCGUUGACUAACGAUAAUCAAAUAGCUUUCCAUUUGUUAUAUUUUAUUUCAAGUUGUCUGUUUUGAGUAAUGGGCUAAAUUCUAAAAAGUAACAUCUGAUAUAAAGAAACCGAAAAAUGUACUUAUUGAAAAAUAUUGUAUUGAAGUUAUCCUAGGGUACCUUGAUUUUCAAAGGUUCGUCAGCUAUGAACUCGAUUUAUAAAUUAUGUAGUUCCUUCAUAAUAUUUCUAUCUAUAUUGUAGUCAGUCAGCUACAACGUAGGACCAGGCACAUUUAUGCAUCGGUCCGAGUUGCCAUACCUCAUUAACACAACAAGAUGGACACCGGAUUUCAUAAAACUAGUUAAUUCAGAGGUGGUAAUAUAUA